UGAAAGAGAGUGCCAGCUGCCAUACACAUGGGAACAUGGCCCAGCCCGCCAUCAACCGUUUCCUCGCAUGACGUAAACAGAGAAGCUGUCCGAGCAAACUUAUACAAAACGAAGAAUCCUUAGCUCGGAGCAGCAGCAGCAGUAACAGCACUCUGACGAUUGAAGGGAAUGGAUGCCAGGGACUUUGUCAAGCUGUCCGUGGCGGGUCUCGGGCUCCGCAUUAAUCCUGCUUCAACAGGAACAGGGGGUACAGAUGCAGGCUCUUCGUCGUUGAAGCGGCGAAGCAGGACUAGAAGCUUGGGCAGAAUCGGGAUUCCCUCGAGCAGCAAUUGCUUCUUCUGCGAGAUCAGAUUUCCUGGGUGUCAACCGCAGACUUCACAGGUUCCACUCGUCUUUGGAGAGCCAGAUUCUCGAUCUGUUGCUGCAAACUUCUACAUCGACGCCACCGUCUUCAACAAGCUCCUGUCGCCAAACCCGGCGUCAUGUCUGCUGCGCGUGGGAAGCGGGUCAGCUCCAAGCGUGGAAUUGGUUGUAUACGCAGGCAGGCAGGGAUACGGCAGCAGCAGCGGCAGCAGCAGCGGCAGCAGCAGCAUCAGCAGCAAAGUUUUGGGAGUUUUCAGAGUACCAAUCAGCGCAGAUUCAGAUUGGACAGACGGGUUGCUUCUACACGGAGGCUGGGUCAAAAUGGGCAGCUUCAUUAGUGGAAUGGAGCUCCACGCUGCAGUGAAGCUAGAGUCGGAUCCGCGCUACGAGUUCCAAUUCGAUGGCGACAUUGCAUUGAGCCCCCAGAUUGUCCAGGUGAAGGGGAAAGGCGCAGGAAAGAAGCAGCAGCCAGUUUUCAGCUGCAAAUUCAGCAAAGGCAGGACGAGGAUGGUGCAAGGGGAUCUUACACCAAGCCGGACUCCCAGGGAGGAGAGCGGCAAUAGCCGAGAAAGAAAGAGCUGGCUCGUGACAAUCCACGACCUGUCGGGCUCCCCGGUCGCGGCGGCUUCGAUGGUGACACCCUUCGUGCCGUUCACGGGCUCGGACGAAGUCAGCCGGAGCAACCCGGGCGGCUGGCUCAUCCUCGUGCCCGACUCGUGCUCCUCGGCAACCGACGUGGUGCAUGGCGGCCACUCGUACUACUCGUGGAGGGCCUGGGGGCGACUCGAGGCGUGGCGGCAGGAUGGCGGAAGGCUGGGGCUAAAGUUCCAGCUCAUCUCCCACACCGGCUCCAUCCUCGUGUCCGAGACCACCAUCCCUUCCUCCAACAAAGCCGGCGAGUUCUCCAUUGAUACAGGCCCCAGCGUCCACCACUCUCCACUCCCGAGUCCUCGCAGCAGUGGAGAUUGUUCCUUCUACCUCGGCCUCCCGACCACAGACAGUGGCUUCGUGAUGAACUGCGAGCUGCGGCGCGGUGGCAGUGGCAGCGGGAGGAGAAGUAACUCGUCCUCCUCGUCGUCGGCGUCCAGGGCCACUGUCCAGCUCUCGACCAGGUACAUUACGUGCGUGGAGGACGCCGCGGUUUUCAUGGCCUUGGCUGCGGCCGUGGACUUGAGCCGCGAUGCGUGUCAGCCAUUCUCUCGCAAGCUCCGCAAGGAGCUGUGUAGAGAUUUCUUCUAGCUCGACCAAAGCUAGCUAGCUAGCGGGCGAGACGGCCUUUCUUUUGAUCGUUACUUUUCUCUUCUUCCUUUUUAUCUCUUCCCAGAGCAUGCGCGAUUGGAUAAAAGCUGCCUGGAGACUUUUGUGUAUAUUAUAAACAUGUGUAAGAAUAUAUCAAAUUGCUUGUACC